AUGGCGGAGGGAGGAGCGGCUGAUCUGGAUACACAGCGAGCAGAGGUCGCGGGGUUGCUGAAAACGCAGCUGCGGAAGGGGGAUACCUGGUACCUGGUAGACAGCCGCUGGUUCAAACAGUGGAAAAAAUAUGUUGGUUUUGACAGUUGGGACAAGUAUCAGAUGGGUGACCAGAAUGUCUACCCUGGACCGGUGGACAACUCUGGACUUCUCAAAGAUGGGGAUGUUCUGGCCCUUAAGGAGCACCUUAUUGACGAGUUGGACUACAUCCUGGUUCCCACGGAAGGCUGGAAUAAGCUAGUGAGUUGGUAUGGGCUAACAGAAAACCAGGAGCCCAUAGCUCGCAAGGUGGUUGAACAGGGUAUGUUUGUGAAGCACUGCAAAGUGGAGGUGUAUCUCACGGAGCUGAAGCUGUGCGAGGACAGUAACAUGGACAACGUUAUCACCCGUCGGUUCAGCAAAGCAGACACAAUUGACACCAUUGAAAAGGAGAUGAGGAAGCUGUUCAGCAUCCCAGACGAAAAAGAGACCCGUUUGUGGAACAAGUACAUGAGCAACACGUUUGAACCGCUCAAUAAACCGGAUAGCACCAUCCAGGACGCAGGUCUAUACCAAGGACAGACAACCACUAGCCAGGAAGCUGAUGUCAAUAAACUUCAGCACACGGUUCUUGUAAUAGAGCAAAAAAAUGAGGAUGGAACCUGGCCAAGAGGCUCCUCAACACCCAAGUCCUCAGGUGCUUCCAAUCUAUCAACUUUACCAAAGAUCUCCCCUUCAUCUCUCACAAACAAUUAUAACAGCUUCAACAACAGAAAUGUCAAAAACUCCAACUACUGUCUCCCGUCCUACCCACCCUAUUCAAGCUACGACUACACCGACCAGGGUCGCUCCAGUGAGAGGCCAGGCCUCUGUGGCCUUUGCAACCUGGGCAAUACCUGCUUUAUGAACUCUGCUGUGCAGUGUUUAAGCAACAUACCUCCGCUCACGGAGUACUUCCUGAAGGACAAGUACCAGGAUGAGCUGAACAUGGACAACCCCUUAGGCAUGCGGGGAGAGAUAGCAAAGGUUUACGCUGAGCUUAUUAAACAGUUGUGGUCGGGAAAAUACAGCUACGUCACACCAAGGCCUUUCAAGACACAAGUGGGACGCUUUGCCCCCCAGUUCUCUGGCUACCAGCAGCAGGACUCUCAUGAGCUGCUGGCCUUCUUGCUGGAUGGCCUGCAUGAGGACCUGAAUCGGAUCAGGAAGAAGCCCUACAUCCCACUGAAGGAUGCUGAAGGAAGGCCCGAUGAGAUUGUUGCUCAGGAAGCCUGGGAGAACCACAUAAAGAGGAACGAUUCUAUUAUUGUGGAUAUAUUCCACGGCCUCUUCAAGUCCACUUUAGUCUGCCCUGUGUGCUCAAAGGUCUCUGUAACCUUUGAUCCUUUCUGCUACCUGACACUACCCUUGCCCAUGAAGAAGGAGCGCACUUUGGAUGUUUACCUUGUACGGCUAGACCCCCUUGCUAAACCUACUCAGUAUAAGCUGACUGUGCCCAAGGUUGGAUAUAUCUCAGACCUUUGCACCUCUCUGUCCGCCCUGUCUGGUGUACCUGCCGACAAGAUGAUUGUAACAGACAUAUACAACCAUCGGUUCCAUCGGAUAUUCGCUUCAAAUGAGAACUUGAAUAGCAUCAUGGAUCGGGAUGACAUUUACGUCUUUGAGGUGGCCAUUAACCGGGCAGAGGACACGGAGCAUGUGGUCAUCCCUGUCCACCUACGAGAGAAAUACAAGCAGUCAGGAUACAACCACACCAGUACUCCCCUGUUUGGCCUGCCCUUCCUCAUAACUGUACCCCACAGCAUCAGCGAGGACAAGCUCUACAACAUGCUGCUACUCCGGAUGUGUCGCUAUGUGCGUUCUGCCCCUGAUCAAGAGGAGACAGAGGACACGCACACCUCCAGAGAGCAUGGCAUCAAUGGCAAUGUGUCCAACGGUGUUCUCGAGGAGGGUUCUCCCAGUGAGAUGGAGACUGAUGAACAGGAUGACGAGUCCAGUCAGGACCAGGAGUUGCCAUCAGAGAAUGACAACAGCCAGUCAGAGGAGUCUGUUGGAGGGGACAAUGAUCUGGAGAAUGGGAUUGGUCCUGAGCAGAUGACAAAAAGCCAGCAGUCAGAGGGCCACAAGAAGCGCCUUUUCACAUUCCAGUUUAACAACAUGGGCAAAAUGGACUUCAGCUACAUCAAGGAGGAGCCACGGCAGAUCAGAUUUGAUGAUGCAAACCUGCGACUCAGUGACAGGUCCUAUCUUACUUUGGACUGGGAGCCUGAGCUAAAGAAGAAGUACUUUGAUGACAGUGUAGCAGAGGACUUUGAGAAACAUGAAAGUAUGGAAUAUAAACCUCAGAAGAAAGCCUUCUUCAAGCUGAAGGACUGCAUAGAGCUUUUCACUACAAAGGAGAAGCUAGGAGCUGAGGACCCAUGGUACUGCCCCAACUGCAAGCAGCACCAGCAAGCCACAAAGAAGCUGGACCUGUGGUCACUUCCCCCAGUACUAGUGGUCCACCUCAAACGCUUCUCCUACAGUCGCUACAUGCGAGACAAGCUGGAUUCACUGGUAGACUUUCCCCUCAGUGAUCUGGACAUGUCAGAAUUCCUUAUCAACCCCAAUGCUGGCUUGUGUCGAUAUGAUCUGAUUGCAGUCUCUAACCACUACGGGGGAAUGGGAGGUGGACAUUAUACUGCCUUUGGUAAGAAUAAGGAUGACCAUAAAUGGUACUACUUUGAUGACAGCAGCGUAUCACCUGCGAAUGAAGAGCAGAUUGUGUCCAAGGCAGCAUAUGUGCUCUUCUACCAGCGUCAAGACACUGUCAGUGGAACGGGAUACUUUGCUCUAGACCAGGAGGUUUCAGAAUCGGGCUUGGCUCAGGGUGCCACGGGUCAGAGCGAUGAGGACUUCAACGAGAAUGACAACGAGAAUGACAAUGACGGUGAGGAGCAAGAGCUCAACUGCGAUGUAACCAUGAACAUCAACUGAGGAGUCCAAAGCCAUACAGCGAACUGUGCAGAGACGCACCGCCCCUACUGCAGAACGACAUGCUCACAUAGCAAAGUCUGUCUGGGAGAAGAAACACUGUACAGGGGUAUCCAGCGGAGCAAAUUGCUAAGCAAUCAGGGCUGUUUUCGCCCAACCCUAUUUAAGUUCAGCGAUCAGA